AUGACACUUCAUUCGGAUGAGGGGUAUAGGGACGAAGCUGCCAAGGAGUUUGCCGAUACCACAGAGGUUUCCAUGAUCAUCGUUGCCGCUUUCGCAAGCAUGGCAAUCGGGACAGUGAACCCGUUCGCCAUCCAGACGGUGGGUGAUGUCCUCUCCGGGUUCAUGGGAGGCGCGAACGGCAAUAAUAAGCUAUACGACAAGUCGAUCAUCUUUGGGAUUCUCGGUUUCAUGCUCCUCUUCUUGACCUACAUCAGCCGCGCCCUAUGGGUGCUCAGCGCGGAGAGUCAGAUCAAGCGCAUAUCCGUUCUAUACCUCACGAAUGUGCUACACAAAGAUUCAGCUUGGUUCGGUCUGACUCCCAAGAUGGUCAAGCAGAGCAGCGACGCCUAUUCCGUAGCAUCGUCGGUAGCCGAGCAAGCUAUAUCCGGAGUUCGCACCAUCUUUGCCUUUUCCAUGCAAAAGCGACCCUCGCGCACCGUCUCCAAGACAGACCAGAAGAAGGCAUUUGCGUCUGGAUUUGCGAUUGGCGCCUUUCAAGGGGUCCUAUUUUUGAUCUUUGCCUUUGGAUUUUGGUUCGGCGGCCAGAUGGUCAAUAAGGAUCAGAUUCCGGGAGAUAAAGCGGUGAUCGUACUUUUAUCCAUGAUCAUGCUCGCUUUAAGCUUGUUGGACAUCCCCGUCGCUCUCUCUAACCUAGCCAGUGCUCGUGAGGCCUCGGACGUCAUCUACAACGCAAUCCUCAGGAGUGCAAUAGAGGCUGUACUAAACGCGGAGGGAACGCGUAAGAACGCCACCCUUGAGCGGACGUUGGCGGGAGCGGAUAACGGGGACUUUAUCUGCUCCACGGUAGUGACGAUAAGGGUGAAUGCGUUCGACGAGGCGAUCCUCGCCUCGCUCGUACAAAGGAUGCCCGAUGCCCCCAAGCCCGAUGUCGUAUCGAUGGUGGAAAGAGACAACAUGGACAGUCCGCUGGUAGAUGGGGAGUGGGAUCGUUAUACUGCGGUGAAACUGCAAGGAACGCAGCCCUGCUCAAUUGAGCGAGGAAAGAUAGUAGCGCGGUGCUUGACGAAACCUCGCUGA